AGACAAAAAAAAAAAACUCACUGCGGACACAUCCAGUAUGACAUUGUCAUAUUUUACGGCCACAGAGGUUUCCAUGUAUGGCUGGGCCAUGAUAAUUUCACCAAUCCUCUUUGCUUUUGCUUUUGCUGUUUGGCCAGGCCCGAGGCAUGCGGAAGACUCCCGGGCGGAGUACUGAACCUGCACCCCAGCUACAACCAGAGCCACAGCAGUGACAACGCCAGAUACUUAACCCACUGCACCACCAGGGAGCUCCUCUUAUUGUGCUUUUACGGUUUUGUGUUUGAUCCAAACUGAAGUUAAACUUGUGUUUCAUGUGACACAUAGGUAAAACAACUCUUUCUCCUGGGCUGGCCACUUGCCCCAACACCUUUUCCACAGACUUGAGAAGCUAUUUCUGUCCUAUCACCAAAUGCCUUCGUGCAUAAGUAAUACAAGUACGUGUUUGCUCCCGGACUCUCCGGUUUGCUCCACGGACGGAGGCGUCUGUUUCCGUGCCAUCCCCCUGUUACACACAGCUUCCUGCUCACGGAAGAUGACAUUCGGGAAGGCAAGUUCGGUUCGAUGUUAGAAAAUCGAACGUGCAGCUCCAAGAUGAGAGGUGUGCAGCUCCAAGAUGAGAGGCGAGAUCCGACACAUGUCAAUCAUGUCCCUCCCCCCACGCCUGGACACAUCCGGGCCCUCAGCACAGUGAGCGGGUCUCCGGCCCCUCCAACCAGGCCCCCCUGCCCUCUGGUGAGCCCACUCGCUCACUCACGGCGCCCCCGCAGCCCCGGCCUUUUCCUGCUCCUGCAGCACGAGGAGCCACUUGCUGCUCCCCCAGCUCCCUGCACCUCGGAUUACCUCUUGGUCGCCCUUCGGAUCUCUGCUUCUGUGUCAGUUUCCCACAGAGGCCUCCCCUGGCCACUGAGACCAAAGCGCCCCUGUGCCCUAGCCCCUGACCCCUCUCCUUCACUCGCAGCACUGAUGCCCGCAGAACCGCCACGCUCACCCCCUUGUUUCCUCUUGGUCGUCACCCUCCGCCACCCCCAACCCAGCCACAAGGUGAGGACUCUGAUUGUCCAUCUCCACAUCCCAGUGCCUGGAACCCACAACAGGCCCUCGGUGACCCUCAGCCAGGUGGAGGAAGGACUGCACGUAAAUCGGACCCGUGGACAAAGGAUGGCCGACCCCCACUGCCUGAGUUCCCAGGAUCCUGCUGGAGGGGCAGCCGUGGGCUGGACAUCUUGCCCGCUGCAGGUUACAAAUGAGGACACCACGGCACAGAGAGCUCAGGUGGCCUGGCCAGUGUCACAGAGCCAGCCCCUGGGCAGGGAGACAGCGGGCAGCAGGUCGGGCCGUCUGUCCGCAGCUGCUGGUGGCAAUCCUGGACUCGAUGAGGAAGCAGGAGGUCCGCAACGGCGGAGAGGCGGGCCAGGGCCACGGGGCCGGCUCCCCGGCCGAGCAGGUGAAAGCCCUCAUGGACCUGCUGGCCGGGAAGGGCAGUCAGGGCUCCCAGGCCCCGCAGCCGCCUGACAGGACGCCAGAGUUCCCACUGAGGCCACACAGCAAUGACGUGAGGAUAAAGAGGCACCGAGAGGCUCUGCUGAACCGGACGGGCGGCGGCGCGGAGCCAGGCAGCCCCUCACCCAGGCUGACCAGCCUCCUGCUGGUGGAGGGCCUGACGGACCUGCAGCUGAGGGAACAUGACUUCACGCAGGUGGAGGCCACGCGGGGGCGCUGGUGCUCCACCCGGACCAUCGCCCUGGACAGGCUCUUCCUGCCCCUGUCCCGGGUGUCCAUCCCGCCCCGCGUCUCCAUCACCAUCGGGGUGGCCGGUGUGGGCAAGAGCACCCUGGUGAGGAAAUUCGUCCACCUGUGGGCGCGGGGGCAGGCGGGCAAGGACUUCUCUCUGGUGCUGCCCUUGACCUUCCGGGAUCUCAACACCCACGAGAAGCUGUCUGCGGACAGACUCGUCCGCUCCGUCUUCCCACGUGCUGGGGAGGCCGGCCUGGCGUCGGCAGCCCUGACCAGAGUCCUCCUGGUCCUGGACGGCCUGGACGAGUGUAAGACGCCGCUGGACUUCUCCAACACCGUGGCCUGCACGGACCCCAGGAAGGAGAUGCAAGUGGACCACCUGAUCACCAACGUCAUCCGGGGCAACCUUCUCCCAGAGGCAUCCGUCUGGGUCACCUCCCGCCCCGGCGCGGCCGGCCAGAUCCCGGGCGGCCUGGUGGAUCGGAUGACGGAGAUCCGGGGCUUGAACGAGGAGGAGAUCAAGGAGUGUCUGGAGGAGAUGUUCCCCGAGGACCAGAUCCUCUCGGGCUGGGUCCUGAGCCAGGUGCAGGCCGACAGGGGCUUGUACCUCAUGUGCACCGUCCCCGCCUUCUGCCGGCUCGCGGGGUCGGCGCUGGGCCACCUGCACCGCAACAGGCCAGGUCCCCAGGACGCAGAGCUGUGGCCUCCGAGGACCCUGUGUGAGCUCUACGCGUGGUACUUCAGGACGGCCCUUGGCGGCGAGGGCCUGGAGAAGGGCAAGGCCAGCCCGCGCAUCGAGCAGCUGGCCCCAGGGGGCCGCAAGGUGGUGGGGACACUGGGCCGGCUGGCCUUCCACGGGCUGGUCAGGAAGAAGUACGUGUUCUACGAGCCUGACCUGAAGGUGUUCGGCGUGGACCUCGCCCUGCUGCAGACCGCCCUAUGCAGCCGCUUCCUGCAGCGGGAGGAGACCCUGGCCGCCUCGGCGGCCUACUGCUUCACCCACCUGUCCCUGCAGGAGUUCGUGGCGGCCGCCUACUACCACAGCGCAUCCAAGAGGGCCAUCUUCGACCUCUUCACCGAGGGGGGCAUGUCCUGGCCCCGUCUGGGCUUCAUCACGCAUUUCAGGAGCGCGGCGCAGCGGGCCAUGCAGGCCGAGGACGGGCGGCUCGACGUCUUCCUGCGCUUCCUCUCGGGCUUCUUGUCCCCGCGGGUCAACGCGCUGCUGGCCAGCUCCCUGCUGACCCAGGGCGAGCACCAGGGCUACCGGGCCCAGGCGGCCGAGCUCCUGCAGGGCUGCCUGCGCCCCGACGUGGCCGUCUGUGCCCGGGCGGUCAACAUCCUGCACUGCCUGCGUGAGCUGCAACACACGGAGCUGGCCCGCAACGUGGAGGAGGCCAUGGAGAGCGGCGGCCUGGCCAGACUGACCAGCCCCCCGCACCGCGCCGCCCUGGCCUACCUCCUGCAGGUGUCUGACGUCUGUGCCCAGGAGGCCAACCUUCCCCUGUGCCUCAGCCCGGGCAUCCUCCAGAGCCUGCUGCCCCAGCUGCUCUACUGCCAGAGCCUGAGGCUGGAUGCCAACCAGUUCCAGGACCCGGUGAUGGAGCUGCUGGGCAGCGUGCUGAGUGGGAACGACUGCCGCAUUCAGAGGAUCAGCUUGGCUGAGAACCAGAUCAGUAACAAAGGGGCCAAAGCUCUGGCCAGAUCCCUCCUCGUCAACCGAAGUCUGACCACUCUGGACCUCCACGGUAACUCCAUUGGACCUCAGGGGGCCAAGGCGCUGGCAGACGCUCUCAAGAUUAACCGCACGCUGGCCUUUCUGAGCCUCCAGAGCAACGUGAUCAGGGAUUACGGAGCCCGGGCCCUGGCUGAGGCCUUGGCCACCAACCGGACCCUCUCCGUGCUGCACCUGCAGAGCAACGCCGUCGGGCCAGUGGGAACCCAGUGGAUAGCAGAUGCCCUGAAGCAGAACAGGAGUCUGAAGGAGCUCAUGUUCUCCAGCAAUAGCAUUGGUGAUGGAGGUGCCCAGGCCCUGGCAGAGGCGCUGAAGGUGAACCAGGGCCUGAAGAGCCUGGACCUGCAAAGCAACUCCAUCAGUGACACAGGAGUGGCGGCGCUGAUGGCAGCCCUCUGCACCAACCAGACCCUCCUCAGCCUCAACCUGCGAGAAAACUCCAUCAGCCCGGACGGGGCCCAGAAUCUGGCUCGCGCUCUCUGCUCCAACAGCACCCUGAAGAGCCUGGACCUGACAGCCAACCUGCUCCACGAUCAGGGCGCCCAGGCCAUCGCAGUGGCAGUGAGAGAAAACCGCGCCCUCACGUCCCUUCACCUGCAGUGGAACUUCAUCCAGGCUGGUGCCGCCAAGGCCCUGGGACAAGCACUACAGCUCAACACGAGCCUGACGAGCCUCGAUCUGCAGGAGAACGCCAUCGGGGAUGAAGGCGCCUCUGCCGUGGCCGGUGCCCUGAAGGCAAACACAACCCUCACUGCUCUCUAUCUCCAGGUGGCCUCCAUCGGGGCCCCGGGCGCCCAGGCACUGGGUGAGGCCCUGGCUGUGAACAGAACCUUGGAGAUCCUCGACUUAAGAGGAAACGCCAUCGGGGUGGCCGGAGCCAAAGCCCUGGCAAAUGCGCUGAAGGUCAACUCAAGCCUCCGAAGACUCAACCUUCAAGAGAACUCCUUGGGGAUGGACGGGGCAAUAUGUGUUGCCACCGCGCUGUCUGGAAACCACGGGCUUCAGCACAUCAGUCUCCAGGGAAACCACAUUGGGGAAUCUGGCGCCAGGAUGAUCUCAGAAGCUAUCAAGACAAAUGCUCCCUCGUGCACUGUUGAAAUGUGAGCAAAACAAGCUUCUGGUGGACCAGGCAGGACAACAGGCAGAACCACAGCUGGACGCUUUCACACAGAAGGACCGUUUCCCGGGGCACCUUCCUGGGGUCUGGGAACGAUGCGGACCUGCGGGAGAGCAGGGCUCCUGCAGGGAAGCUGGAAAAGAGCUGCCGAAGGUGGACACGAGCAGGGCCAGUCCAGGCAGCGGAGGGACGGACGCUGCUCCAGCACUGACGGGUGUUCCGCCAAGGGGCGCGGGGGACGCAGGCCUCAAAGCUCAGCAAGUGAGCAGCCAGUCGGAGUGGACUUUACAUCCUGAGGGCUUCAUGUGCUCCUAAUUUUUCUUAUGACUGCCCUUUCCCUGACCUGGGUACACUCAUGCCCCCCAUUCUGAAAUGAUCUGCCAUCUUCAAGCCCAGGAAGAGUAUCGAUUUGGCAUCCGUGACACAGGGGACCUCCCUCUCCUUUCUCAAGAAGAAAAGAAGGUUUUGGGAGUAUGAGCCUUAGAGUCAUAGGGAAAAAUCACGAAAAAUUUUUGAAGAGAAAUGAAGGCUUUGACGCUAGGAUUAGGGAGACGAAAACGUUCACCAAGGUUUUUGCCAUCUUUUUACCCAGGACAAGGCCUCUCAAAGACAUGGAUCACAUCUGCCACGUGUUAUGCGGCGUCUGUGGUUAUCAGCGGCAUGUUAAAUGUGGAUGCCUUCUAGUGUCAUUCUCUCUUUGGUUUCCAAAAGCACAACUGUGGCUACGGCCCCCCACUGAAGACAAGAAAGCUGAGCUUCCACCUGGCCUAAGUUCCCUCGAUGGCUGUGCUGAAAGGAGAAAUACUCCAAAUGGACAUUGCAGCUCUCAUCCGCUAAAUAAACAAAGAAAAUGCCUGAAAA